CCGACUGGCGUUCUAUUGGCUCUUUUAUACCUUUAUGCUCGCGGAACAGGAUCAUUGAGUUAGAAAGGAAGUAUAAAAACCCUAACUUUACGCCAGUUCCCCAACCUGCUUUCUGUUCAACUACACAAACAACGACAACAAACCUUUCUCAACAAUGGCUUCUGUUCCACCCGGCGACAUCACAACGCUUCCUGCUGUGAAGGUCAUCUUCAACGCGCCGUUCGAUGACAAGCACACCUACUACAUGAAGAUCAUCAACUCUGGUGGGCAUCGUAUCGGCUUCGCCUUCAAGACGACCAACCCUCGCCGUCUGAACAUGGACCCGCCCAACGGUGUGCUCGACCCGAAGGAGGCCAUCAACAUCGCCAUCUCUUGCGACGCCUUCGAUCCGGCUGCGGAAGCGACCAACAACGACCGUGUCACCGUCGAAUGGACCAACACCCCGGAAGGAGCAGCCAAGCAAUUCCGCCGCGAAUGGUUCCAGGGUGACGGUAUGGUUCGCCGCAAGAACCUUCCAAUCGAGUACAACAUGUAA